AUGUUAGCCGCGAACGGGUCCGUGGGGCCGUCGUCCUCCAACAAUGGUACGGCUUUGCUGACUGUGAAUGGGAUUAUACCAAACCAGCAAAUUAAUGGACAGCAGGGAAGUCGUGCAACUCCCAUUCUCACUCCCGCCUACUUUCCCAACACCGCAUUUGCAUCCUUCCCUGUUCCUUUUUCUGGACCGACUUCAGUCGUGCCAUGCAUUACCUCACCGCCAUCAGGAACAAUAUUUCAAAGCCCCGGGGGACAAUUUCCCUUUAAUAUGGCCGGUUCUAUGCUUGUAGCGCAACCGCAACCGGUUAUAAAUGGGACGCCAAUAAGUUAUUCGUCCUUCAGCCAACCGGUGAGCGUAGCAAAUACGUCUCCCCCUGCUGCAGCAGCCGUGGUCUUGACAACGCCAAUAACCACAGACGUGUGCAUUACGUCUACUGCCUCAUUGCCUGUUAUCCACAACGGUACGGUAUCGAUCGCCCCCUCGACAAUGCAAUCAACAACACCAAAUCUCAACAGCACAGUGGCUGAUUCUACACCAUCUAUUAAAUGCAAACCUGAAGUUAAACCAGUUGUACCUUUAGGCACAGUUAUACCCACCACUCCAACUCCAGAGGCGAAUAUGGCCUCCCUGGAAAAGUCCAAUUUUAAUCGCGAGCUCAUCCUUGAGGCAAUUGACAAACUGCGCGACAGAAAAGCCCGGCCCGACAUGGAACACAUUUCAUCCCUCCUCCGACGUCAACACAAUAUCCCACCCUCUGACACGCAGAUUUGUCUCAGCCGGCUGGCGGAAGUCGGAGCCGUCGUCUGCGUCGACUAUAAGGGGAAUUUAAGCUACAGAAAUCCUACCAAGUGGCGCAAGGCAGCAACAUCGUCUGGGAUUAUAACCAACAGACCAAAUAUCAGUAGACGUCUCCUGGAUGCCGUUCGCUCACUGAUCCCCGAGGGCGGGGACUCGAAUCAAAGUUUUACCUUAUUCCAAAUCGAACAAGCUCUGAAACAGCUGAAGCCUUCCGUUCCCUCUGCUACCACCCCCGGGGAGAAUGAGGGGGACUCUUCAUCGGUGGCUUCCCCGAUGACUGAGCUGACCGGAUCAAGCCUCCGAAUGUGUAUAGAGCGAGAGGCGAUCUUUGGGAAGCUCUUUAAGCUACCUGAUGGGCGUUUUACGCUAGACGAAAACGGAGACAAAAAGCGCAGCACUGUACCUCCGACUCAGUAUAAUAGAAGACCAUUUUUGGGCAAGCUACCGCCGCAAGGCACAUUCGGCAAACCACCAAUAGCUCCGGCGCUGGAUUCAAUUAGUGGGAAAUCGUACAGUGUUCUUUCAAUCGCUCCCGGCCGACCGCUAGCUAGGCGACCGCCAUUUACUACCGGAAAACGAGGCCGACCUCCCAGCAUUAAAGCGAAGAAGAUGCUCACCUCGUGCUCGCAACAACCCAUUCUGCCUGCUCCACCGGACAAUCUUAUGACUCCUUCAUUGGAAAAGGCAAGUUUUCCCAUUCAUUUCAUCUCAGCUUUUUUUUCUUCCUUUGCCUGUGUCAGCGGUGAUGGUGGUGGUGGUGUUGGCGGUAGUGGCGCGAUAGUGCCGCCGACAGUGUAA